AUGAAUCAGACCAUAUUUCUGUUUGGUGACAUUUUGGUGAGUUACCAUCAAAAUAGAGCAUUUUGGUCAGUUCCAAUCAAAAUAGAUGGAUACUGUCAGCAGAUGCAAUUCAGGACUGAUGUUGUGACUUAUACCAUCAUGAUUAAUGUGUACUGCAAAAACAAAAGGAUAGAUGAUGCAAAGCAACUUGUUCAGGAAAUGCAUCAUAAAGGAAGGCUUGUGGAUGGACAAGAGCUUUUCAAAAACAUCCGCCGUGCUGGCCCUUCUUCAGAUAUAGUAACUUAUGCUAGUAUGACACAUGGCUUUUGCAAACACGGGUAUUAUGAUGCCGCGUUGGCUCUUUUCAUGAAAUUGAGAGGACUAGGAGGCUUAAAAUAUGCAAAAGAUUUGUUUUUUAGACUUUCCAUUCAAAGAUUACAGCCUGAUGCUUAUACAUAUACUUCACUACUCGGUGGAAUUUGCAGAGAAGGAUUAUUAAAUGAAGCACACCAGGUCUUCAGGAAAAUGGAAGAGGACGGCUGCUUUCUAAAUGAUUGCACUUAUAAUGUGAUUAUCCAGGGAUUUAUCAGGCACAACGAUCUUCAACGGGCAAGACAACUUAUUGUCGAAAUGGUCGCUAAGGGGUUUUCUGCAGAUGCCACCACAACUUCCUUGAUAAUAGUAGUAGCUUUUGAUCAUUCAGCUCAUUGCAGUUCUUGGUUUUCCCUGCACGUCAAGAUGGGGACUGUCGUCUGUGAAAUGCUACGAUUUCUUGUGAUGCACAUAAUGGGGGAGAUGUAUGUUAAAUGUUGCAGUGUUGAUGAAGCAUCGCCAGAGUCUGGUAGGAUGGCUCGAAAAGAUGUCGCAAGAAUUUCUAAAUAA